GACCCAGCAUCAGCGGGAGGAUAAGGAAGAGGCGCAGGGCCGGGGCCUGCACAGGGUCUGCCGCGCCGCGUCGCCCCCUCCCCGCGGCACCUCGCGGUGUUCCGGCGUCCUCCGGGACCGCCUCAAGCCCGGGGCGGCGGCGGCGGCGGCGGCGGAGGAGGAGGAGAAGAGUGCCCAGGCCCAGAAGCCGCCGCGGCCUCCAGUGGCAGCUGGGUCAGGAGGAGAGAGCGCCCCUCCCCCGCGCCCUCCCCCUUCGGCUCCCCCACCUGAUCCCACGAUUGCGCUACCCGGCCGGGGGGGAGAUUCCCCCGUCCUGACACGGAGCCAGGGCUGAUCUCGGAGGAGACCUCUAGUCCCCUAUAGCGGCUGGGUCUUAAAUUUAGCGGGGGGGGGGGGCUCCGUCCCUCCCUCUCUCGCUCCCUCUCUCGCUCGCUCCCUCCCCUUCUCGCUCGCUCGCUUCCCCGGCCAAGGACAGAUACGCACAACUAGGCCUUGCCUGUUGUGUACUGCCACAACUUUUGUCUGCCCCCCCGCCCUUCCCCUAACCCGAGAGGUGUAUCUAGAAUUUAAAAGGCUACUUUAUAAGAGCAGAGAGAGAAGCUGCGGCAGGGAGAGAUUAUAGCGGCCACCAGUCUAAAGGAAAGAUCCCAAAUGUUUCACUCUCAAUUAAAGCCAUCACCACCCCCCAGCUAAAAUCACCCCAUAACUUAUUGGUGCUUACUGAGUAGCCUACAAGGAGACAAACUAAUUCCCACUAGCUUGUCAGCUAUAAAUAUUUCCUAAACCUAUUUAACUAGGGGGUAUUCUCCUUGUAGAUAGGACUCCACUCUCUGUCACUUAGAGCGAUUCUCUUCAAAUAUUAAUUGUAAAAGAGAAGAAGAAUAACUUCAUUGGCAGCCCAAAAGUUUUUUUUGGGGGGGGGGGGAGAGAUAACAUCAAGUAGCUGUGAAAAGGGAGAAGACCAACAACAAAAAUACUCCUUGGAGGGAAAAGAUGCUUAUUCACCAAACUGUCAGAAAGGGGGUGUAUUAACUGAAGGGAACAGGGAGCGACGGAGUACAGAAAGAGAAAAGUUCCCAUUACAGCUGGGGGGAUGGGACAGGCGUGACAUUACCUAAGUAACAGCCCAGCCAACAGGAAAGAAAGGAAUAAACUUUUAGUUUUAAGAAUUUGGAACCAGAAGCUCUCUUCCUCUUAGUAUCAUUGACAAGUCCCUCCCAAGGGAGGGGGGAGAAGAAGAAGAAGAAGAAACAGCAGCAGCAGCAUGGGGCCUGUGUGUAGAGCGUGAAGGACAACAUCUCUCCUAAAAAAAAAAAACAUCCAAGAGAGAACCACUGCAGAAAAUCUUACACAGAUACCUUUGCCUUCUGCACCAUGGCCUCUGACCUGGAAAGCAGCCUCACUUCCAUCGAUUGGCUCCCACAGCUCACCCUUCGAGCCACCAUUGAGAAAUUAGGGGGUGCUUCUCAGUCAGGACCCCCAGGGGCUGGUCGAAAGUGCCCCCCAGGCUCGCCCACUGAUCCCAAUGCCACCUUGAGCAAGGACGAUGCUGCAGUUCACCAGGAUGGGAAGCCACGCUACAGCUAUGCCACGCUAAUCACUUAUGCCAUCAACUCUUCACCUGCCAAGAAGAUGACCCUCAGUGAGAUCUAUCGCUGGAUUUGUGACAACUUUCCCUACUACAAGAAUGCUGGCAUUGGCUGGAAGAACUCGAUUCGUCACAAUCUGUCUCUGAAUAAAUGCUUUCGAAAAGUGCCUCGCCCUCGGGAUGACCCUGGAAAGGGCUCUUAUUGGACAAUAGACACUUGUCCUGAUAUCUCCCGGAAGAGGCGGCAUCAACCCGAUGAUGAUUUAUCACAAGAUUCUCCAGACCAAGAGGCAAGCAAAAGCCCGCGGGGGCCGGUCCCUGUCGGCGCUGAAGCAUCGUUGUCCCCUGAAUCUACCCAACAGCUCUCGUUGCAAAGCACGCCUCCUAUUGGCAAUUACGGUCAGCAGAGUGCAGGGCCCGUCGACGUGGCUGCAACCGUGGCGGGUGGGCAGGGCCGUGAAGGUUCAGAUGUGCCGCCUCCACACUACACUACCAGCAACGACUUGAAAUUCUCUUAUUCUGAGAUCAACUUCCAGGACCUGAGUUGGUCCUUCCGAACUCUCUAUAAAUCUAUGCUUGAGAAAUCCUCCUCCUCCCAGCAUGAUUUCGCUUCCCUCCUGGGUGACAUGCAGCCCUCCAACCACAAUUACUAUAUGUACCAGCAACCGCAGGUGCCCUCCUCAGUGGGAGCGGCACCCCCACUCCACACUCCGACCUCGGAAGGCUGUCCGACUCAGGGUAGCAAGCAGCAAGGAGGUGACAGCUACGGCCCCCCGCCUGUGAUGUCCAUUCACCCUUCCCCAAUGCAUCAUGGAGGAUAUCAGCAGCAUCCACAGCAUCAACAGCACCAUCCGCACCCUCAUUCACAGCAACAGUCACAGGCUUCCAUCAAUAAUGCUAGCUUUGCAUUUCCCCCUGAUUGGUGCUCCAACAUUGAUUCCCUAAAAGAAAGUUUCAAGAUGGUGAAUCGACUCAACUGGUCUAGCAUUGAACACUCCCAGUUCUCAGAGUUGAUGGAGAGUCUGCGCCAGGCUGAGCGUAAGAACUGGACCCUAGAUCAGCAUCACAUUGCCAACCUCUGUGACUCCCUCAAUCACUUUCUCACCCAGACCGGUCAGCUCCCUCACCUGGGAGGCCCACAGCAGCCUCCCCGAAUCUCCGAGUCCUGUGCCAUGAAUAGUGGCAAACAAGAGCAGCCCAUGAACCAAGUGAAUUCUUACGGUCAGCCACAGCCUCCCCAUCUCUACUCUGGGCCAUCUCCAAUGUACCAGAUUUCCACCCAGGACUCACCAGGGUAUAAUCGUCCAGGUCAUCAUCUGGUCCCACGGCCACCUCCAGGUGCCAGCGAGGAGAUCCCUGAUGAUUUCAACUGGGAUUUGAUCACCUAGCAAGUUAUAGACUUGAUAGCAUGUCCCUCGUGUAGGGCAUGGGGAAGGGGGCUCAGGGCUCCGGUCCCGUGACCAGCACCCGGGGCCUCUUCCCUUGCCUGUAUAUAGAUAUAUAUUCUCUACUUCCGCCAGAGAAGCUGCCGCAAGAUGCUGCCGAAGAUAAUCCUUCCUUGCUCUCCCUGUUUUACCUUCUUUUCUUUAUUAUUAUUGUUGUUGUUAUUAUUAUUAUUAUCGUCGUCAUCAUCAUCAUCAUCAAUAAUUGUACACAGCCCUUCUGCUCCA